GAGACAUAAACAUAAAUUCUUCCUUGUUGUCACUGAGAGUCCGAGGUUGAAGUUUGAGAUCUCAACCUGUGGUUUGAUGAUACUGGAUGUUGUGUAAAAACACUUAAUUUUAAGAUGUGGUUGUACAUUUUGUUCGGCCUUAACUUCAUCACCAUGGUGCCGGGGUAUUCAGAUCGUCCCUUCCCACAGUCGUGCGGGUCAAUGUUACCCGUGCAUGUGGGGGGAGAGGGACUAGCUUCUCCUCAGACCACUGAACCACCGUUUGAGAUACAGUACGAACAAGGCAACGAUGACGAGCCAAUAACAGUUAUUCUUAAAAGCAAACAUGCCACAGGAUUCCAGGGAUUUAUGUUGGAGGCCCGGGAGAGAGGGAAGGUGGACGAAGGAGUGCCUGUUGGCAAAUUUAUAAUACUUGAAAUGAGUAACACGCAACUCAUGAAAUGCUAUGGGUCAGCAGACUCGUCUGUUACUCAAGCAAACAGUCGAAAAAAGACUUUGAUAAAAGUUAACUGGACAGCACAGGGAGCUGAUCUUGACAUUGCUUUCAGAGCCACAUUUGUUCAGUCUUUUGUUAUAUUCUGGGACCGAGUGGAUGUGAAUGUCACUGCAAGUAAUGAGUUGAGUACUCCAUUGCCAAGUCAUGCUUCAAGUACCACAGGAUCACAUACUGGAACAAGUACUACAAACAUGACUACUACAACAAAUAAUAAUGCAAGCUGGCAACACUCACUGACUCCGGAGGAAGGAUGUAUUAUGUUGAUGUGCACCAACUGUUUUGUUGAGAUAUUGAUUAUGCUGGUCACCCUCCUCAACGGCUACAUCUGUCUUGCUAUAGAUAAGUGGUUUAACAUAUCGAGCAGUGUGUUUUGUGCAGGACUUGAAAUAGCAGCCUGGUUCUUGAUUUUUGAUGGGGAUUUUUGUGAUGUCACUCUCACAGCUCUUGUGUGUGUGGUGACAGUGAUAAACUCAAUAGAGCUCAUAAUCGCCACCCUGCCAUUAAUAUUGGACUUACAAAAAUGGAAAUGUGACAUUGCUGUGACAGUGUGUUCUCUACUCCAGGUGAUUUUAACAAUUGCCAUCAUGUAUGUUGGUGUUUUGAAGCUUGACGGCUGUGGGCCGACCAGGAUGGUGACUUGGUCUCUGAUAGUGUUGAUCAUAUACACACUGUGGACUUACCCGUUCGUUGUCGCGGCUAUCAUAUUCAGAAAAACAAUACUGAGGAAACUUGAAAAAUUGGAACAAAAUGACGAGUGGAACAACUGUGCAGCUAUGAUGAGAGUUAUUCUUGUUCCUUUGAUCAUCGUCGUUGGAACCAUUUCCUUCACUGUAGCUAUCAUGGUCGGGAUAGCUACGUGUUAGAAAAAAAGAUCCCAGAUAUACCCGAAAAUCUGAACCUAAUUAUAUUAGGUUUACACAUACAAGGAAUGUGUUUUGGUAAGAAGCAUGAAAGUUAAAAACAUAAAAUUGGGGAACAGUAAACAAGUUUAAUAAACUUUCUGUUUUAUGCAUUUUAUAUCUAUUUUGUCACAAGUUUUGGGGUUUUCUACUAAAAAUACAAAUGUUGGCUUUUGUAAAGGUCAUAAAAAUGAAUGUUGAUCAUGUGAAAGUGUUUUCAUGGGUGGUUCCUCUGGAAAUUAAAAUACAGAACAUUUAUAAAUAACUUGUUACAUAUUCUCAUAUUAUUUAUCACAUUCUUAGAGUUUUCCAGUCCGUUCAACACCAUCCAGCCAGUUCUUAUGAUGGAUAUUUUACUCCACAUCUUAUAUUCAUAGUCAUUUUCCUAACUUUACCUUUGCAAUCAACUACUAUACGCUUGUCUCUUAUGUUGUAUUUAGUCUUUUGUUUUACGCUCUAUGUGUAAUGCCCUUGACAUGCUGCUGUAAUGUAAUAAUUUCUCGAUAAAAGGAAAGAAAGUGUCACAGGGAAGUAAUAGUAUGAUAUGCUUUAAUCUGCCAGUAACCCAUCUGUUCAACCCCUUCAACAUCACAGCUAAUUAUUAUCUGUGCCUGCAUUUGGGGGUUAUGUUAAAUUUAAAUUUAAAUGUAAGUAAAAUAUUUCCUCGGGAAAGUAGAUCCACAGUUUUACAUAGCUAUCUGUUAAUUAAUGUAGAAAAGUUUGUCUCAACACAAAGCUCAAUGUCAUGCAGAAAAGCAGGAACUUGAUCUGGGUGCAUGAAGACAAUAUCUAAGAUACAAGAAAGAAAACUAGAAUUGUAAUCUUCUACAUGCUGUUCAACUUUAAAUGCAUUGCUGGUGAUAUUGCAUUAUUUUCAUUUUUAACAUCUUCCUCUGAUGAAGCCCUGAAUUAUAACAACUUUAUCUCACUUCAUUCAUUGUUCUGGACCCACUACAAUUAAAAAGAGGUCACUGGUAA